GGAGGAGGCAAUAUACUUGCAACCUCAUAAGUUUAUUCUAAAUUGCGCUGAGGAUGGCUAGGUCUUGUUCAGUUAGCAAAAACCCUUCUUCAAUCUCCAUGAUACUACUCUUUGGGCUUCUACUUGCUAGCCUUGAUACAACAGGUGCUCAGAUAGGUGUUUGCUAUGGAAUGGUUGGCGAUAACCUACCACCCCCACCAGAAGUUAUCUCUCUCUUUAACCAGAAUGGCAUUCGAAGAAUGCGAAUCUACGCUCCAAACCAAGCAACUCUGCAAGCCUUGAGAGGCACCAAUAUUGAACUCAUGUUAGGUCUUCCGAAUGUUGACCUUCAAAAAAUUGCUUCUAGUCAAGCUAAAAUUGCUUCUAGUCAAGCUGAGGCAAACGCAUGGGUACAAAAUAAUGUCCGAAACUACCCGGAUGUCAAGUUUCGUUACAUUGCUGUCGGAAAUGAAGUUAAACAUUCAGAUUCCUUUGCUCAAUUUCUAGUACCUGCUAUGAUAAAUAUACGUAAGGCGCUUGUGUCAACAGGUUUAGGAGAUUCUAUUAAAGUUUCUUCGGUUGUUGAUACGGGAGUACUCUCCGAGUCAUUUCCUCCUUCUAAAGGCUCUUUCAAACAAGAGUAUCGUCCAAUACUUGAUCCGCUCAUCCAAUUUCUCGUAGAGAACAGAUCCCCAUUACUCGUUAAUGUAUAUACUUACUUUAGUUACAUUAGAAAUACUCGUGAUAUUCGUCUCGAUUAUGCUCUUUUCACAGCUCCAUCAACGGUUGUCUCAGACCCGCCGCGUAACUAUCAGAAUCUUUUUGAUGCGAUUGUUGAUGCGGUUUAUGCUGCAUUAGACAAAUCAGGUGGAAGUUCUUUAGAUAUAGUUGUAGCAGAGAGUGGAUGGCCGACAGCUGGAGGAGAAGCCACUUCAGUAGAAAAUGCAAGAACUCAUAAUAACAAUUUGAUUCAACAUGUUAAAAAGGGAACUCCAAGAAGGCCUGGAAAAGCUAUAGAAACUUAUAUUUUUGCUAUGUUUGAUGAGAAUCUAAAAAGUCCAGAAUUUGAGAAAUAUUGGGGGCUUUUCUUGCCUAAGAAACAGCAAAAAUAUCAAGUCAAUUUUAAUUGAAGGAUUUGCAAGAAGUUGCAUAAAAUGGAAACUCUUAUGUUUUGCUAAUAAUAAUUCUUGUAAUCAUAAUAAAUUUGAGUUCUGAAACUCAAAUGGUGUCAGAUUUGAGUUUUAUCCAUAUUGUCUAUUUUUAAUAAAUUUAAAAGGGAGAUUUACCCUUACUGUGUAACUAGCAAUAUUAUUUUA